UGUGGAAGUGUCAGCAUCCUCCUCACCCCUCUGUAUCCUGACACUCACAGAUACACCUGAACAUCUAGACCCUUUCUAGGCCUACAACAGUGAAGAUGAUGGAGAUCACAGAGAUCCAGAAGAUUGGUGUGGGACUCGUUGGCUUUGGGGUAUUCUUCCUCCUUUUCGGAGUGAUGCUGUAUAUGGAUUCUGUGCUUCUGGCCUUUGGAAAUAUCCUGUUUCUCUCUGGCCUGGCCAUUAUCAUUGGAUUAAGAAGAACCUUUGGGUUCUUCUUCCAGAAGCAGAAGCUUAAGGGAACCAGUUUCUUUCUGGGAGGCAUACUCAUCGUCCUACUGAGGUGGCCAAUCCUGGGCAUGCUGUUGGAGACCUAUGGUUUCAUUAACCUCUUCAGGAGUUUUUUCCCACUUGCCUUUGGAUUUCUGGGAUCUAUUGUGAAUAUCCCAUUUUUGAGCAAGCUGUUCCAGAAACUUGGAGACCCCAGCUCCAUGGUAUAACUUGGAUGAAUGGCUUGUUUCCAGAGACGACUUCCCCUCCUACAAGAAAAGAGACCUCUUUUUUAUAUAAAUAGCCUGUUGUCUUCAAAGUGAUACUUCAUGUUCAUACCUUUAAUUGUCUCUAUAUGAUCACCUGUAGGAACAUGGCAGGUUCUUAUCCAAGCAGAAAUUGCCUGGAGGAGGUGUUGAUUGUAUGAGCAAUUACAAUUGUACAAAGGGUAGGGGUGUCACCUCCUGGUGCUGGUUCAUACACUAGCAGGCCCUGAUGGGGCUUUUAAAUGUAUAAACAGUGGCCAAGUGAGCAAUGAGCACCAGUACUUGGACACAUCCCCAUAUGCCACAAGAGAUUCCUAGUGACAAACCCAGCUUUUAGGACUUGUUGUCAAAUUGCUCCUAGAAAGACACAUCUGACUAGGAUCUUCACUUUUCAAACAGCUGCAGUGGAGCUGGUUAGAGAAGCACCCAGCUUCUUUCACUCACAUGAUGUACACCAGCUUUUCCCAACCUGGUGCCUUCCAGAUGUUUUGAACUUCAACUCUCAUUAGCCCUACUAGUAUGGCCAAUGACCAAGGAUUCUGGGAGUUGUCAACUAAAACAUCUGGAGGGUACCAGGUUGAGGAAGGCUGGUGUACACACUGAUUCCCUUGUAGCAUGUGGCCAAAUAAGUUAUGCAGGUUUUUGAAGCCCUAUGAAAAACUGCAAACCCUGUUUACCAGUGAUAAUAAUGGGGUAAGUGUAUGCCCCAUAGGCAACAGUAGUUUGGUUCACAUGUAAGGUCAACCCAUGGGUUGCUGGGUUUGUGCAGGAGCAAGCGAACAUGCUGUCUCUUGCCUGCUUGCCAAUUUGCAUCCAGUAUAGCAAACAACCUGGGAAUGCCCCAUUCCUGGAUUGUUCAGCAUGAUGUCUGAACUCAGCACUAUGGGUUGUUGAAAAGGAAACAACCCAGUGUUUUAAUCCAUGGUUUGUUUUGGGGUUAAAACUCUGGGUUGCGUCCCCACAACAGCUUAGUUUGUUUGAGAAAAUGGAUGCAAAAUGGAAGCAUCAAGUGCAUGGGAGGCUGCACAUUCACUUGCUCUAGUGCAAUUUAGUACAAUCUAGUACAUUUAGUAGAAUGUAAGCCUAUGCGGCAGGGUCUUGCUAUUUACUCUUUUACGCUGUACAGCACCAUGUACAUUGAUGGUGCUAUAUAAAUAAAUAAAUAAAUAAAUAAUAAUAAUAAUAAUAACAACAACAACAACCCUGCCUAUUCAUGGGUUAAAUAACGCAUGAAUUGGCAUUACGUACAAACCAGGUCAAUGCUUCUUUCAUACCACCUUAAACUUUCUACAAUUGGCAGCCAAAUGAUACACUAGAAUAAAGGCAUAGGAAGACCUAGGAAAUACAGAAUUAAACAUAGUAAUGUAUCAGAAAAUUUGGAAUUGCAGAGACUAAUUGGACUGAUUAUUUAUUUAUUUAUUUACAAUUUCAAAAUUUGUCUUCCCUCUCUGUGCAAUUUCAGUAAAUGGGAAAGGGAACAAUAAAUAAGGAAAUGUGAAAUGUCAUUCUGUGUUUUCUGUCUAUUUCAACAUUUCCAGUAAAAAAAAAAAGAUUGUAUUGGGGCAGGUUUUUUAAAAUAACCUGUAAUUUAAAAAUACACACAUCUGCCUCUAGUUUGGAAAUGUGUGUCCCCCCCUAUUUUCUAUUUAACAAAAUGUAAACAUAUUUAAUUAUUUUAAAAAAGUAAACAAGGUAUAUCAAAAUGUCCUUGAUACUUGUAUGUUUUGCCCCAUGUGGCAAACAGCAGCUCCAGGAAGGCAAUUCAGUUUGCAAAAAGCAGUAU